ACUUUCCAUGCUCAAUUUGCAGAAAUCAGUUUCUGAACAUUCCCUUGUAAAGAAGUAGGAAAGAGUAUGGAAUCCGUUUGUUCACCAGUAAGCCUAGUAUGAGAACGUAGUUUAUUUUUUUGGUAAGGAAAUGUCAGAUCCAGAUCCGUAUCCGAAAGUUGUGUACCCUGGAGAGAUUGGUCCUGGGGCGGGGUAUGGCAGUGAAAAAUUUCAACUGCUGCUGUCAGCCAUAAGUAAUUGUGCUGUUCCAUUGGUUCAUCAACUGAUUCAGCAGGAACCAGGCCUUGUACGUGAAAAGGGUUGGCAUGGUCAGACAGCACUACACAAGGCGUGCCUGUGUGGGGACUGGUCAGUUACUUAUCUGUUAUUGGAGGGAGGAUCUGACCCCAAUGCCAAGAAUGAAUUUGAUGAGACCCCUGUCCAUUAUGCCUGUAAAAGGGGCCUGGCUCAGAUCGUUCACCUCAUUGUACAAAGGGGAGGUAACCUAGGCGCUGUGGACAAAAAUGGAAAGACGGCAGCUCACCAUGCCGCCCAGACGGGGAGCGUAUAUGUAAUGAAGUUUCUUGAAAUGAAUGGAGUAAACUUCAAUGCAGUGGACAAAAACCUUCAGACACCAUUACAUAUAUGUUGUGUACAUGGUCAUGUUGAUGCCUUUAAAUUUCUUGUCAAAGCAGAGAGAACAAACCUGACUCAGGUAGAUGGAGAUGGAAACACAGUCCUCCAUAUUGUGGCUCGAGAGGGACACCCAUACCUAUGUUGGGAACUCCUAGUGGUAAUGGGGUGUGGUCCUCUGCAUUUAACCAACCGUGAAGGAUUCACUCCAGUGGAGUUGGCAGCACAAAGAAAUAAAUAUGGACAUAAAGAAAUCACACCAUUAAUGCAAUGGCUCGCCAAAAAGGACAAGAACUACGUUCCGCGGGGACCAGUUUUAACCUGGUGGUGGCUACUGUUUAUGCCCGCUGUAUUGUUUGCUGUAAUUGCCCUUUCUGCCCACUAUUUACUCCCUGAUCACCAGGGGAUGGUGUACUUUGCUGGAAUGAUCUGUCUUAUUUUAAGCCUUUUGAGACAUAACCAUAGAAUUUAUCACAUCUCUAGAUGGCCAGAUCCAGUGUUUGCAGGGACUUUCUUUGCUGGUGUGUUACAUACUGCUAUACUGCAGCUAUUUUACCUAUUGCCAAAUUGUAAUGAGUACCCAACCUUCAAUGUAGUAGCGACAUUAUUGGGGAUUGUGUUGAUUUAUAUGUACGUCAAGGUGCUCAGGAGUGAUCCAGGAGCUGCAAAGGAAUCAGUUCGGGAUCAAGAGUCUGGUAGACCUAUGACACUGAUGGACCUGUGUGUGCCUCAGAGAAAGACCGACCAGUUCUGUACCAGCUGUGAGAUUGUGAGAGCACCCAGAACAAAGCACUGUCGCCUCUGUGAGAGAUGUUAUGAAAACAUGGACCAUCACUGCCUUUUCCUCCUCACAUGUGUGGCUAAAAAGAACCAUUCUUUGUUCUGUUGGUUCAUUAUCAGCUGUAUGGUUUCCAUGACACUGUUCCUGGUGCAUUGUGCCUUUUACACUUAUAGAACUUACUCCGGUCAGACGUGGAGUCACAUGUUCUACUCCAUGUUCUGGUCAGAGUGCUGGGUGCUGAGUUUGAUAGCCAUGAAUGCUGUAUCCAUAAUCUGGGGCGUUAAUCUUCUGAGGUUUCAGUUAACACUGGUGUCUAAAGGAGUGACCACUGUAUUUAUGAGAAAGACCAAGUCGGCACUGACCAAUCAGGAGAGACUGAUUAAUAUUUUGUACUUUUUGAUGGGGAGGCAGCCUUUUGCUGAGGAUCCCUUGAUCUGCUCACAAAACAUGCAGAGUGUUUAAGUGUCUUUCCCUCUAUGAUCUGUUGUAGACUUUUAUGAUGGGUAAAUUAUGUUUUUUACAAGAUAUUUUUACUGAAUCUAUUCCAAACCAUAAUUUUGUAGUCAGUACUGUUUAUUAUAACCACUAUAUUUGUAUGUAUUUAAUGUAAUUUGAUGUUGAACUAAAAUUCUUUGUUAAUCUGUAUCUGUUUUUUAACACCAGUACAGUAUUAUAAGAUGAAUUCUGUAAAAAAAAAAGUGAUAUGAUCACAAAAUCUAAAUGCUUGUAAAGCACUCUACAUGAUAAUAGCAUAUACCUGCCCCAAUAACAGUCAGAAAUACUUUGUGUGAAAGAAAUAACUAUGUUUACAAAAUACAUGUAGUUUUUGAUUCAGAAAAAUACAAGUAACUGAUUAUUUAUGUUGCCAUAAUGACUAUGGACAAAUCCAGGUAUUUUUAAAACAGCAGAUGCGAUGCACAACUCCUUUGACAUUAGAUGUUAUAGAGCCCAGACUUGCUCAGACUUCAGUCUCGCAUGUUUUAUUUUUACUUUAUCAUUCUGCGCAUUAAGCUAGGAGAAGGAGUUAGGGCAGACCUGCAUUUCAUGUUUCUCAAUCAAAAACAUUAUGAAAGAUACUUUUUUCCUGAAGUCAUUGAAUUUGAAAUUUACGUAAUUUUUCAACACCAUAGCUACAACAGCUGAACUUCAAUACCGGUAUCUUGAACUUCAUUUGAAUACAUGUAAGCACAAAAGUAUGUUGAAGUGAGUUGCAAGUCCCAGGCACUUUUUCUUUCUGUAUUUUUACUUCAGAAUCUUGAAUCCUUGGAUAUCUUGAAAAAAUUUUCAGCCCCAUUAAGUUCAAGAUAACAAGAUUGUACUUUAAUUACAUCAUUUUUGAUGCAAAUUUUUGAAAUAUUGUACUGGUUCAAAUAACAAUUAAAGCUUUCUUUUGCAAAGUUUAACUUUGGAAGCAGAUAAUGUUCUUUUUUUAUGCAAAAGCAAACCUGAAAUAUUAUAUGUACAUGACUGUAUGUCAUAUUUUUACACUGGUGUAUAAAACAUGGAGAAACCCCUGAAUUUUUUGCUUUACCAUCACUAGGUGUCGAAUUUCUGAUGAAAUUGUUUUCCAUUUUUGACAUUAGAUUGUUGUUCUUGCCAGGAAUUGUUACAUUUAGGUAUCAACAGUUUUAAUGCAAACUAAUCUGAUACCUUGGUAUUACACUGUCAUGUAUGAAAAUUUGAAAUCCAAUUGUAUUUUCCAUUGAAAUUUUAGAUUGUAUAAACAGAUACAUAUACACGUAAUUGUUGAAAACCAUAUACAAAUGUAAAAGUAUAACUUCUUUGUGUACGUUUUCUUCUUAUCAACAUUGAAUUCUAGCUAAAUUGAAUACAUAUAUAUGGUUUUUUUGCUCCAUCCUUGAGGUCUAUUUUCUAACUAGGCUUUGUCUUAAAUGGAGGACAAAAUGACCACUUGAGAUCUGAAAUCAUCAUAGUUAACAGGCA